CUCCAGCGGCGGCUCGCCCCCCGGCCUGCCGCGCCCCCGCGCGCACGGGCACCCGCGCCCCCAUGUCGAGCCAGUCGCUCGGCCUGUCCCCGGCGCGGUCGACUGCGGGCUACUACCCGCCGCAGCAGCCGCAGCAGCCGGGCGCGGGCAUCCUGAGGCAGAGGCACCAGUUCUGCACCGACCAGCCCGCCUGCUGCGUCUUCGCGCUCGCCCUCGGCGCCUUCGCCGCGGCCUGCGCUUGGGCACUCCGCGAGGGCGACGUGGGCAGGCUGAGGGGCACCUACGACCACCGUGGGCACAUCUGCGGCGUGGACGCGGGCGUGGAGGACAAGCCCUUCCUGUACUGGUGCGUGAACGCCUCCGUGUGGGAGAGCAAGAGCUUGGUCGAAUUCUGGCGCGGAACCGUCUGCGUGGCCUCGUGCCCGGGUGCCAACGCCAGCGGCACGGUGCCGCCAGACUGCGGUGAGGACCCUGCUGCCCAGGCCUCUUAUGACACUGUGUUGGCGUCCUGGCGGUACUGCGUGCCUGACCCGGCGGAGUACCCCGCGCAGUCGAUGGAGCUUCAGGAGCUGAGCCUGGGCAGUACCAGGUCCAAGGUGCUGAGGUUCAUGGCGCCUCUCCAGCACUGGAAUAAAACGCCCAUGAUCUUCUGCCAGUUCGGGAUCGCUGUGCUGAUGGGCUACUCGUACUUGGCGCUGCUGCGCUGCUGCGCCGACCGGAUCGUGCAGUUCGAGCUGACCUUGUCAAUCACGGGGUGGUGCGUGAUGGCCGUGCUCUUCUGGAAGCACGCUGUCGAUCUCGAGAGGGUCGGGUCAGAGUACUACUUGAUGCCAGCCAUCCGGACGAAUUCCUUUUUCCUGAAGGUGUCCGCCUCGGUCUGCGCUGUGCUGUGUGCCCUGACGUCCUGCGUGGCGGCCUGGCUCAGGUCCAGCGUCCGGGUCGCGGCCAAGUGUGCCUCGGUGGCCGCGGAGGCGACGUGCGACAUGCCAGUUCUGCUUCUGGCUAUCACGCUCAACGCGGCGUUUUGCAUUACCACUCUGGUCCUGCUGACGUACGGCGCCCUUGCGCUGUACACCACGGGCACUAUCGAUGGGCCUGCUUCCAUAUCCCAUUCAGCAGUUGGGGAGUUGUUGCUUGCCUUUUAUAUGGCGAUGUUUCUGUGGUUGCUGCUGUUCGUCACGACUCUUUGGAGAUUUGUGCUUGCUUAUGUUUUCACCGAAUAUUAUGAAACGCCUUACGGCGAUGACGGUAAGAAACAUGUUGGUGGCUGCCUGUUGCUUGAAGGCUUUAUGGUUGGAUUACGAUACCACGCAGGGUCUAUUGCUUUCGGCUCCGUCCUCAGAUUCCUGCUUAGGGCUUGCCAGAGCCUGGUGGUGUUCACGGAGGCGAGGAAGAGGGAGGGCAGCAACAACGUUGUGGCCCUGUGGGGGCGCACGAAGACGCCGGCACCGCCGCUCUUCGAGCUUCUGCAGGGGUGCGUUCUGACCAUGCUUCUGGCGUGUAUCCGGCCGUGGCGAUGAGCCCCUCCCCCCCCCCGGAGGCCCAAUCCCAGACAUCGGGCGUCUCGAAAAAAUCGAGACGAAGGUUUUUCGUCGUGUUCGGCCUCUCGGGGUCCUCGCCGGGCCUCGGGACCGUCAAAAAACGACUCGGGAUGAAAAACUGGCCCUGGGGAAGUGGUCGAGAGGUCGGGUGCCCGUGUCUCGAAAAAAUCGAGACGUCGGAUGUCUGGGAUCAUAGGAACGCGAGGGAAGAAUACUGGUUCUGGCUCGGCCAUGCGUUCGGGAAGAAUGCUGGUUCUGGCUCGGCCAUGCGUUCUCUCCGGCGGCGAGCCCGGGGGGAAGUGAGCAGGGGUCGGGGCUGCUCGGAAGAGCAGGCUCGGAAGCCCCCCCGGCCUUGUGAGGAGUUCUCCGCGCCUCCGCCGAAGACACCGGGCACUCCUCCGAGGGCCGGAGGGCUUUCGAGAAGCCCCGCCGCCUUCUGAGAGGGCUUGCUCCCUCUCGCUUCCCCCCCCCUGGGCGCGCCGCCGAGUCUCCCCCCCCGAGGUCAAGUGCAUCGUCUACUGCGUCUCCUGCUGCUGCUGCUGCUGCGGCGCGUCCGUGGGCUCCGUGAGCUCCAACGCGUGGAUCCAGGCGGCGGUCGCCGCCGAGGGCUUCUGCGACUCGGCCAGGAACGCGGACCACGCGAUCGAGCACAUGGGCGUGCGCCUGCGCGAGAUGAACGGGGCGACAUCCCUCCUGGAAGGUUGCGCUGCUCCUCGGCUCCACGGUGGGCGGGCUGACCUCCCUCUCGUGGAUGACCGUGUGCGACAUCCCCAGACCUCGGGCGUCUCGAAAAAAUCGAGACAGAGGUUUUUCAUAGUUUUUGGCCUCUCGGGGCCCUCGCCGGGCCUCGGGACCGUCAAAAAACGACUCGGGAUGAAAAACCGGUCCCAGGGAAGUGGUCGGGAGGUCGGGGGCCCGCGUCUCGAAAAAAUCGAGACGUCGGAUGUCUGGGUCCCGAGGCCAGAGCUUGCGCACAGGACCACCUGGAGGGGAGGCAGUGAUGAUUGCGACCACGACUGACACACGGAACCGUCGGCGUCGGCCUCAGUGACCGUCCGUCUUGGCCACCGUCGAUUCGUGGGCAGCCCUCGCGAGUCGGCGACGGCCGGCAAUGCACCAGGACCAAGAUCGGCGCCGACAAGAUCCCGCGACAUCUCGGUCAUGGUCAGUUCGUUUUUCUUCCCUGUCCACCGCCUGGGGAUACCGAUGUUCCAGAGCCCGCUGUGGCAGCGGUAUGGAUAUACGUCUGAGCCCCGCGCCCAGGGCUUCACACAUUCGGAAACUGGAGCAUGCACAUAACCCAGGACUUUUUUGAGGGUCGGGACGACGUCUGGGUGGUGUGGUGUAUACUUUUGUUCCCCCGUUUCCCCGUGGAAGCAACGAACAUGUAUGCACCAGGAUCCCGCGUACACUAGGAUCCGCUUUCCUGUGCAAGUCUCGGUGCAGGUGUAUCGAGUUACUUUCCCUUGACAUGUCCAUAUCCACUGCCUCCUGGGCCGGCUGUGCGUAGGAGCGACCCUUCGCCAGAGGGACUCCUGCUGCGAACGGCUCUCGGCCGGGCGGUGGUGUGGUCGGCGGCAGGGCAAGCCCGGGCCCGCAGGCUGUUACCAGUGCCUGUCCACCCCCGAGAGAUGCGGCGAUCCACGGAUGGCAGGCUGAGGUCCUCUCUUGCCCGGCGUCGAUCCACAGGCCCCCCGGCAUCGUUCGGGAGCCCUGAGACGGGGGUCGAUGCAAACGGGGGUCCGCCAGAGCGCCCGACCUUGCAGGAUCCCGCAGGGCCAGGGUCGCAUGGACCCGGGCUGGGGCGCAGGAUCUUGCGGGAUCCUGCAGGAUCCUUCGCAUUGACCCGGGCUCGGGUGCAGGAUCUUGCAGGAUCCUGCAAGGCCUGACUGACCCGGGUCUGGAUUGACCCGGGUGAGCAGAUCUCCGACCCCGUGAUGUGUCACGGCGUCGCCCCCCAGAGGUCCAG